AUGCUUCCUACCAAGAUCUAUGUUUGCUCUCAGCCGAAUUGCAACCAAACUUUUACCAAGUUUGCGGACUUGAAGAAGCAUGAGUCCGAACAUGCUCGUCCGGGAAAGUACGUAUUUAUCCUAUAUGCCACACUGGUCACCUACACGAGCUCACAUUUAGUGCGCACACCUGCACGUUUCCCGGGUUACGUGCUCGUUCAUUACCGUCAACGAUCCCACCUGGUCAACAAUUUUAGCACUGGCGAGAAGCGCUACGGCUGUCCUCAUGAUUGUACCUUCAGGACUCACAACCCUUCCGCCCUCGCGCGUCAUCGCAAAGAAAAACAUGGAUACGUCCCUCCUCCACGCAACACACGCGGCGGCGCUGCUGCCCCCUCUGCAUCAGAGAAGCCCCCAUCGAACCAGCCCUCUGCUUUAUCCUAUCAAACCCAUCCAAACAGCCAAGACCCAUCAUUCAACGUCCUCUACGGCCCGACGGAUACUUGGGACGACUAUACCAUGUUUACCGGGCCCGCAAGGACAGCCGAUGGGUGGACCGAGGGUUGCAUGUGCCCCGAAUUGAUGCAAAGACGCCUUUCAGAGAUACUGGGUUACGAAAACACGCAUUAUUAG